AUGCGUACCUUGUACAGGAGAAACGACGAGAAGCAACGCCUCGUGUCGCAACGCAGAGUCUCGGAGGAUUCUGUCGAAAAAUCACGGCAAUCGCAUGCCACCUGGGAGCAUCUGCUAUUCUGUCUCCUGCUGAUUCCUACCGUCUUGAGCAUUCUCCUCGUGCUCAGCGAUGUCCGCAACUGGCAUAUGCCUGCGGGCCUCUAUGCCCUGGUCGACGAGUACCGGACCUCCAUCCAGACGGCCGUCCAAAUCGUCGCGACAAUCCUUAGCACGAUCAAGAUAUUUGCUCUCUGUCGACUCAUCAACUUGGCCACCCGUAUACUGUUCGGUAAAUCUCCUAUCUCUCUCAACAUGCUCGGCCUCUGGUCCGCCAUGUCUACGCCUUCGAUCAACUGGACCCUCCCCCUCUGGAUGAUCGCCCUGUCGAUCGUCAUGGUCAACCUCUCUGCUGCGAUAUCAGCCCUCUGGACCGGUGCUCUCACCCCCGCCAACUCCGUCGCGUUCAAUAGCACCACGCUCAUGGUCCCCGACUGGUCAAACACCACGCUGAUCAAAGAAUACCCGUCCGAGGUCGAUCAGACCGGCCCAACCAUCCGAAACACCAAAGGCUACUUCACCUACUCCGUCGGCGUGGGCCUCCUGACCCCCCUCGUCGCCUCCGCCAACACCGCCACCACCGUCGACGGCAGCAUCCGCAACCACAACAAGCUCGACAACUCGGGCUACACCUACCACGGCCGAUCGUACGGCGUUGGGGCCUCCGUUGGCCUCGUCGACGAUACCCUGCACCACGAGAACCCCCGCGCAACAAACUACACCUACGAGGAGACCGGUCUCGCAGCCGACGUCGCAUGCAUCUACAACCGCACCUCACAAUUCACCAUCAACGACGUCGACGACGUCCUGUACGCCCUGAUGGGGCCCCUCCCAGACAGCAACCUCAGCGCCCCCGAGUACUCCGUCUACAUCGGCCGCGGAGACCGCACCAUCGUCGGCAUCGGCGUCUCGGCCCAGCCUGCAGCAUACACAGCGAAAAGGUACCUCGCCAUCGCCGCGGGGGAUUACUACACCCCGCUGAACGCAACGCAAUGCACGGUAACAUACACACCCGCACGCUUCAACGUCUCCGUCGACAUCCCCUCGCGGAACAUCACCGUUUCAAGGCUGGACAACGCUGCCUCGUCAAUCGAUCCAACCCACCGCAUCGCCCACGUCGUCACCCGCCAACUGGAACUCAUCUCAAACGACCUCACCAGUUUCUAUCGAUCAACGCUGGGCGAUGCCUUAAACGCAAGUAUCAGCGACUAUCGCACCGCCGUAGCAAGCACAAAUACCUCUUUGUCAGAAGAGCAGAUCGCGCUCACAGGACUGGAAAACGCCAUCAUCUCAUUGGUGGACGAUAUGCUCGUCGCGUAUGCGUCGGCGCAGCUGGUAGUCGGCGGGUUCGCGGCACCCGCCAGCGCGGCAGUGCAUGUCUCUGCGCUGCGGCUCGGGUCGAGGGUGUACAUUGUUGCCACGGCGGUGAUUACGGGGGUUAUUGUGCUGCUGGUGGUUGCCGAGAUGGUCCGGACGAAGGGGUGGAGGGGGCUUCCUGCUUUUGACUAUCUGGAUAAUCGGAUGUUGGUGCUGGGGGCUAGUGCUGGGGGAGGUGAGAUUGCCGAGUACGCGGCGGAGAGGCGGUGGAAGUCUACGGGGAGGAUUCCGGUUGUGUUGAGGAAGGAGGGGGGUCGUCAGGUUAUUGCGUUGGGGGUGGAGAGAGGCGGCGAUAGGCAGCAAUCGGAGAGCACGCUGGCUGAGGAGACUGUGCAGUCGACUGCCUUCAUUGAGACGRGGCGGGUGGGGGAUAGGAGGAUGGGUGAAUCGGGGUGGAUCUGA